GCCGCGCCGAGGGAGUAGCGUCGCUUCCGUCGCGCCACAAUGGCGAGCUCUGGGCGGCGGGCGGGCCGGCGGUAGCGGGCGGUGAGUGCCUUUCUCUUGGCGGCCGGCGGCAGGGCGAGGCCUUUCCCGGCGGCGGCCUAUGCUCCUUGCCCGCCCCUUGGCCUCCCUCCCUACGUCUCUCGGUCCCCUCGUGCCUGGCCCUGACGCGGCCCCUCUGCUCGCGGGCUGUGUCCGGCUGAGGCGGCAGGUUUGGCUUAUGCUGCGCCACAGUCCCUCCACCGGAGUCGGGAGUCGACAGGAGUGGGCUGAGGACCUUCAUUAGCCUGUGGGAGGCCAAGGCGGAGCGAGCCGGGAGCUGCAGCGUGGCGGCAAGGGAGCCCUGGCCCACGUAGUGUGUUUCCUGCCCGGUGUCUUAACACCUGCGCCUGGGUUCCGCUGGCAACUUGGGCGGCGCUGCCUGAUGCUGCAGGCCCCGCAGGCAACCGGGUCCUGCCCAUCGGCGACGCCGCUGGCCCCCCGGGCAGCCCCCUGCGCACACCAGGUUCGCACCUCCAGUCGUGGUCGGGAGCCGGAGGCGAAUGUGGGAAUCGCUAAAUUGAACAGCAAUAACCAUGGGAGAUGCUGCAAAACCUUGCUUUGCCAAACAAAAUAAGGAACAGGAAAUUUUGCAUCCAGGAGAAUUAAAAGAAAGUCCCUUACAGAUGGACUACCUAGUCAUGGAUGAAUAUGGAAGUGGCUGUAGCAAUAAAGUAGAUACCAGCCUGCAAAAGAAAAAAGGAACUCCAGGUCAUUACGGAAGCAGUCCCAGGCGAGGGCAACAAAGUGUUUUGAGUAGCCCAAAUUCACUUAAAAACACAGCUUACAGUCAAGGGUCAAAGUUAAAUGAUACCCAAAGAGACCAAAUGAAGAAGUGGGUAUCUGAUGAUCACCAUGGUACUUCUGACACCUGGAGAGAGUAUUGUUCUGCUGCCUGGAUUCCUGGGCAUGGCAGGACAAGAAAGGACUCUUUUCACGAGGUGGAAGGUGCUGGAAACAGAAAUGUAAGACGACAACUUCAGGAAGAUUUAAUGAGCAAAGAUGUGCCAGACAUGCAGAAAGGAACUUCUGAAAUGAAGAAGCUUAGAAAACCAAGAAGACUGAGAAGAACUAGAAAAGAUGAGUGUGAUCAUGAUGAAGUGGAAGGUCCAGUCAUAGAUGAAUCCGUGCUGUCAGCAAAAGAACUUCUGGGACUGCAGCAAGCUGAAGAACGAUUGAAGCGAGACUACAUUUAUAGACUGAAGAAGCAACCUCGAAGCUACCCAUCAGCAAAAUAUACCUGCAAGUUGUGUGAUGUUCUGAUUGAGUCAGUGGCUUUUGCUCAUAAGCAUAUUAAAGAAAAAAGACACAAGAAAAGCUUAAAGGAAAAGCAAGAAGAACAACUGCUGACUGCUCUUCCUCCUCCAACGCCUUCCCAGAUACGAGCUAUCAGUGUUGCUAUUGAAAAUGUUGUGCAGGAGUUUGGCUUAAAUAAUGAAGAUCUAGAAGAAAGGCUUAACAUCAAAACAAUGAUGGAAAACUUGCUGCGUCAAAAAUUGCCAGAGUGUUCAUUAAGAUUGUAUGGCUCCUCCUAUAGCAGAUUCGGCUUCAAAACUUCAGACUUAAACAUAGAUACCCAGUUUCCUGCCAAUAUGACUCAACCAGAUGUUCUCUUACUUGUGCAAGAAAGUCUCCAGAACAGUGAAUCUUUUACGGAAGUUGAUGCAGAUUUCCAUGCUAGAGUACCAGUGGUGGUGUGCAGAGAAAAGCAAAGUGGCCUUAUUUGUAAAGUGAGUGCAGGGAAUGAGAAUGCUUGUCUGACAACAAACCAUUUGGCUACACUUGGAAAGCUGGAACCUACUAUCGUACCUUUAGUGAUUGCCUUCAGGUACUGGGCAAAGUUAUGUUGUGUUGAUCGUCCUGAAGAGGGAGGCUUGUCACCUUAUGUGUUCGCUUUAAUGGUUAUUUUCUUUCUACAACAGAGGAAAGAGCCCUUUCUGCCAGUCUAUUUGGGAUCAUGGAUUGGAGGAUUCUCCUUAAACAAAUUAACUAAUUUUCAUCUCAGAGAAGUCAAGAAUGAUGCUGUGGUUUGGGAGCAUAACCCUACUGAUGAUUCUGAUUUGCCACAAGAGACUUCUCCUAGAAGGGGCAAGGUUCCCUUAGUAUUUGAUGUAGGUCAGCAGUGUUCAGCACCUGUUGGUCAGCUCUGGCUUGAACUGCUUCGUUUCUAUGCUUUGGAGUUCAAUAUGGCUGAUUUGGUUAUUAGCAUACGACUCAAGGAACCAGUGUCUCGUGAAUUAAAGGACUGGCCUAAAAAGCGCAUUGCUGUGGAAGACCCAUAUUCAGUCAAAAGGAAUGUGGCAAGAACUCUGAACAGCCAACUAGUGUAUGUGUAUGUUCUUCACUGUCUGAGAGCAACUUAUAAGUACUUUGCCUUGCCUCAGAAGAAAAGUGCAAAAUGGAGCAAAAUACCCUCUUCAAAUGCAACUGAGGAGAAAUCCCAAAUGCUGGACCAUGGAAAAGAUGCUAUAAAACAUGAAGAUUCUGAUUUGCAAAACUUGGAUGGUAGAACAACCACAGCCAUAGUAGAAGGUAGCAUUGCAGAGGAUACACAUUUUCCCAAGGAACAUAAAAUUGGUCCUUCAAAACUGUGUGAUGGCUCAGAAAGUUUCACAGAAGAAGAAUUGGCUGAUGAUAUAAGUCAUCUGGGAAUUAGCCAUGAAGACUCAGACUGCAUAAUAGAGGAAGUUAUUUCUGGAGAUAAUGAGGAUUUUAAACCUAGUUGUGAAGAGACAGAGAGUGAAGAUGAAGAAGAGGAGGAAGAGGAAGAACAUGAACAACAAAAAGGACAAUGGGAUACUAUUUUGGCUGCUGAGCAGACAAUUGAUGAAGACAGUGACAGUGGAGAACUCCCUGUUAUGGUGAAUGAGCAUGAAAUAGAGACAUGUAGGAUUUCAGACUUAGAAGGUUUUCAACACACUGCACUUACAGAGAGUGAUGAAUUUGGCUUGGAGUGCAGUGGUAUAACAGAUGAUAAGAUUGACAUUGAUGAGUAUAGUAGCACUGAAGGUACUGAUGAAUUGGAUGAAUCCCCACAAAAAUUUCUAUGUACAGCACAGAGUCAUAUAUCCCAAAUUAUUAACUCAGAUGAUGAAGAGGAAGAAGAGGAUGCACCAACUCUUCUAAAUCAGAGAGAAUGCAGUGCUACCAUUAGAGCUGGAGGUGAACUAAGUAACAUAUGUACUGGAUCUGGAGAUGAUGAUGCACUGUCAGAGGAAGAAGAUGAUUUUUCCAUCCCCAGUAAAUAUGAAAACAAGCAAUUCAAAGAAAGUGUAGGUGGACCUCUGAGGAACAAUUUGAGUCAAGAAUAUCAUACUGAGAAGGGAAGCCAUUCUGAAGAGACCACAGCAGUAGAACAGUGCUUCGAAUCUGAACUUUUUUAUGAAUUCAGUAAACAAGUAUUUACAAAAGGCAAGUCUCCUACAGUAGUAUGUAGCUUGUGCAAACGGGAAGGCCAUUUAAAGAAUGAUUGUCCAGAAGACUUCAAGAAGAUUGAGCUUGACCCACUGCCACCACUGUCACCCAAGUUUUCAGUUAUUCUAGAUCAAGUUUGUGUCCAGUGUUACCAUGAUUUUGCUCCAAAUAUAAUAGAAGAUCAUGCUCGGGAGCAUAUAAGACAAAGCUUGGAAAUCUUCAUUAGACAGGAUUUCCCAGGAACCAAGCUGGAUUUGUUUGGCUCCUCAAAAAAUGGCUUUGGCUUCAAACAAAGUGAUCUUGAUAUCUGUAUGACAAUAGAUGGUCUGGAAACUGCUGAGGGACUUGAUUGCAUCAGAAUCAUUGAAGAUUUAGCAAAAGUUCUCAAGAAACAGUCAGGUUUAAGAAAUGUCUUGCCUAUAACAACUGCUAAAGUCCCAAUUGUCAAAUUUUUCCAUGUCAGAAGUGGUCUUGAAGUAGACAUCAGUUUAUAUAAUACUCUGGCCUUGCAUAAUACCAGACUUCUGUCAUCAUACGCAGCUAUUGAUCCUAGAGUAAAAUAUCUGUGUUACACAAUGAAAGUCUUUACAAAGAUAUGUGACAUUGGAGAUGCGUCUCGAGGUAGCCUGUCAUCAUACGCCUAUACUCUUAUGGUGCUUUAUUUCCUUCAACAGAGAAAUCCACCAGUCAUCCCUGUUCUUCAAGAGAUUUACAAAGAACCAAAAAAGCCUGAAAUUUUGGUUGAUGGCUGGAAUGUAUAUUUCUUUGAUAAGCUAGAGGAGUUGUCAGUUGUUUGGCCAGACUAUGGGAAAAACACUGAAUCUGCUGGGCAACUGUGGCUGGGACUUCUCCGAUUCUACACAGAAGAAUUUGAUUUUAAAGAGCAUGUCAUCUGCAUCAGGAGAAAAAAUCUGCUUACAACUUUCAAGAAGCAGUGGACCUCCAAAUACAUUGUAAUUGAAGAUCCCUUUGAUUUGAACCACAAUCUUGGAGCUGGAUUGUCAAGAAAAAUGACAAAUUUUAUAAUGAAGGCUUUUAUCAAUGGCAGAAGGGUAUUUGGUACCCCUGUAAAAAUAUUUCCUAAAGAAUACCCAUCAAAAAUGGAAUACUUCUUUGAUCCUGAGGUUCUAACAGAAGGACAAUUGGCACCAAAUGAUAGAUGCUGCAGAACUUGUGGUAAAAUUGGCCAUUUCAUGAAAGAUUGUCCAAUGAGACGAAAACUAAGACGGCGUCGUGAUUAUGAAGGUACACAAAGGUAUGGAGAAAUCAAGGAGAAAAAAAGCAAAGAGGACAAAGAAAUGCGGAAUAAACCAACAGAAAAGGAGAACUUAAUCAAGGAGGGAAAGUUGCACCUAUGUACACCUCAGAAGAGGAAACUACCAAGGGUAAUAGUGGAAACUGGAAGAGAGAAGACUCCCAGGCAGUCAGCAGAGAAAUGGAAGCGCCUGGAAGACAGAGAUCUAAGAGAAAAACGUUGUUUUAUCUGUGGAAGAGAAGGUCAUAUUAGAAAGGAAUGCCCUCAAUAUAAAGGAGUUGCAGAUGGCUCAAAGCCAGAAGUGUUGUGCGGGUCCCCUUCUUUACCUACUGCUGUCAAACAUGCUGGUAGAUUAAAUCAGGGAGUGCUUAUGCAUGAAGAAAAAAAGAAACAAAAAGGAAAAGUAUUUUUGAGUCCCCAGUCAGGUUUGUAUAUCUUCAGUUCAAUUCAGAAACUAUGUGUAAAAUCCUGGCCAGCAGGGUAUGGGAGGGGAUUCUGCCCCUCUGCUCUGCUCUGGUGAGAGCCCACCUGGAACCCUGCAUCCAGCUCUGGGGUUCCCAGCACAGGAAGGACAUGGAACUGUUGGAGCUAGUCCAGAAGAAGGUCACCAAGAUGAUCACAGGAAUGGAGCACUUCUCCUGUGGAGAGGCUGAGAGGGUUGGCGUUGUUGAGCCUAGAGAAAGGAAGGCUUCAAGGAAGGCUAUUGCGGCCUUUCAGUUGUAAAAAGGGGCCUUUAAGAAAGGUGGGAACACACUUUUUAGCAGGGACUGUUGUGAUAGUAAGGGGUAAUGGUUUAAAACAGAAAGAGGGUCAAUUUACAUUAGACUAAAGAAAGGAGUUUUUUACAACAAGAAUGGUGAAACACUGGCACAGAUUGCCUAGAGAGGUAGUGGAUGCUUCACCCUUGAAAACAUCCAAGGUCAGGUUGGAUGGGGCUCUGAGUAAUUUGAUGUAGUUCAAGAUGUCCCUGCCCACAGCAGGAGGGUUGGGCUAAAUGAUCUUUAACCCAAAUCGUUCUAUACUUGUAUGAUUCUUCAUCAGUCCUUAUAGAAACUCUAGUUAAUUUGCUGAACACAGUGGCAGCUUGUACAGGCUGAAGUCCCCUAUUUUUUUAAUCUGGAGAAGUGUACAAAUUUUGAGUUUUGUAUUGGAAGCAAAACUUGGGCAUAACAAUUCUAUGCCUUUAUAUAAUUGGUGGAUUUAUUUUGCAUCAGGGUAUGGUGGAGUUGAAUCAAUCUCUCCUGUUUCAGCUUACAUGGGGUUGGCUCUCUGAUUCUUCGGGGACAAAAUAUGGAAUGCUUUUCUGUGAGGGUUUCUUGCAGUAAUUGUCUAGAAUUAUACAUGAUUAACUUGGAGAUUAUCAAACCACGUCCUUGGUCUGAGGUGCCAAAAUGCAAACAAGUUAAAAUUACAUUUAGAAGUAGCAGUGAGAUUGUAUUAUAAAGGCCUUUAUGUACUCUUUCUGAAUCAGAAAUGUUUUGCUUUAAAUACAUGAUUAACACUGUAGCUUCCUCCAGCAAUUUCAUGCACUUAUUAGCAAGUACAAUGAAGAUUUUCACAAUGGCUGCUUUUGUUUUAACAAUUUCUAGUACAACUCUGCAAACCUUUCAGCACCAUGGGUAUAGAAUACACUAAUCUCUCUGCAGUUGGAGGGGGACCUAAUUAGUUUUCUCAAGUUUGUGAAGACUUGACUACAAUUAAGUAUCUCAAAUUAAAUUAUUAAUUUUGUUGGGAAGACACUUUGGAUUUUUUUGUCCUUGCUGGAAGGCUUUUUAAAAUCUAAGUUUGGGGAUUUUGUAACACAAAGUGGUUUGUAAUUAGGUAUUUAGUUCAAGAAAAUGCUAGUUCUCAAUUUUGUAUCUAAAUAUUUCCUACUGUCCUUUAGCAGGUAAUGAUCUUAAGUUGAUCUGUGUGUCGUUUAGUUGUAGUUUGACUUGACAGUAAUUUUCUCCUGUCUUUUUGUUUCAGUUGGUUUGUCUUUCUGGGCUUUUUGUGGGGUUUUUCUGUUUUUGUUUUUUGGUUUUUUGGGGGGUUUUUUUGUGAUUUUGUUUGUUUGGUUGGUUGGUUUUGUUUGGUUUUGUUUUGUUUUUGUUUGGUUUUGUUUUUUAAAAUAAUAAUACCAACAAAUAAUACCUUUAAAGCAUUAUGCUUUUUUCAUCCCAAUUUAGGCAGCCUUUCCAAUAAAUACAUGACUCAGGGAAAAGCCUCACAGAAGAGGACCCAGCAAGAAUCAUGAGGGAUAUUAAGCACUGAUAAAUUGCAACACAGGCCCAUCAUUCACUUAGAAGAAAUGUCUUUGGCUAAAGCAUCUGAGUUCACAGGACAGCAGCAUAGACAACCUUCAGCUUAAGUUCAAUGAAAAUAUGGGUGUUUUCUUUUAGAUUGGUAGCACAAGCAACUGUGGAUUUUAAGACAGACCCCUGCUCUUUAUAAUAGAUUGUUUGAGCAUUUUAAUAGAAAGCCAUGAUGUUUUGUAUUUGUUUACUAGGUAAAGCAUUUAGAAAAGGGCAGGUACUAAAAAUGAACUGUUUUCAGGGUUUUGUUGUUCCACCUGACCAUUUUAAACUGCACUAAAACUAUGUGCUAGCCAAAUAAAUUAUAUUUUCUUCAAAAAUGAAUCUUUUGAAGGAGCAAAUGAUAUUUAUUAAUGUUGAUUGUUUACUGAAUCCUUGUGUAAGUGUUUGAGAUGUUUGUAGACUGCUAUAUUCUUUUUUAUUUCUCCAGAGAACUAAAACAUAGACACUAGUAAUCAUAUGUUAAACAAUCUCUGGACAAGCAGUGCCACUGAGAUUUUGUGAGGUUGUUUUCUCUUCUGUGAUUUUAUGGGAGUUUAUUUGCUGCUGUGCUCAUGUUCAAGAAAGAAAGAUAGACUAGGUAACAGGUCAGUCCUGUUUUGUUGCUGCUAAGAAUCUUUUUCAAGACCUUGGGGAUACAGACAAAAAUGCUUUAAGAAACAGAGGUAUUAUAUUUGGCAACUGGGGAAAAAUACAUGUCCGUUUUCAUAGAAUAUGAAGAGGAUCCUUGUACCAGUCAAGAAUUUACAUUCAUUAGUAGUAUGAACUUGAGUUUUACUUGAAAUCCUUCCAGAGGUGGUAAUGUACCAUCUUGUCUUGUUCAGAAGAGAAUUAGUUAUGUGUUAAAAUUAAAACCACUGUUAAUUUAUGAAUCUGAAAUAAAUUUUAAAAAAAAAGUGAAAAUCAGA